AUGCUCGAGUAUUUGUUGCGAAUAUUUACAAUGGUCAACGUCCCGAAAACCCGUAAGACCUACUGCAAGGGGAAGACUUGCAGAAAACACACCCAGCACAAGGUUACCCAGUACAAAGCCGGAAAGGCCUCUCUAUUCGCUCAAGGGAAGCGUCGUUAUGAUCGCAAGCAGUCAGGAUAUGGUGGUCAGACUAAGCCUGUCUUCCACAAGAAGGCCAAAACAACAAAGAAAGUCGUCUUGAGGUUGGAGUGCACAGUUUGCAAGACGAAGGCCCAAUUGGCCCUGAAGCGAUGCAAACACUUCGAGCUUGGUGGUGACAAGAAGACUAAAGGUGCCGCAUUGGUUUUCUAAAUGCAAAAAAACUUUUUUCGGUGUUACAUUUUGUUUUUCUUGUCUUUGGUCUUUCUUCCCUGGGUGGUGCGUUGGUUUGGGCUGGGAUUUUGCCAUGGACGUAUCCAAUUACUAGCGGUAUCAUUUCGCAAAA